AUGAAGCUCACCAUCUUUAAGCCGCCAGGCUAUGUUCUGUCCGCCGUCGCCAUCUCUCUGGGAGGUUUCCUGAAUGGCUACGAUACAGGCAGCAUAGGUGCCGUAACCGAAAUGCCCUACUUCGCAAGCAGUAUUGGCGAACUAUCGCCUUUCCUCCGUGGCUUCACGGUCUCCCUCAUCAUGCUCACCGGCGGGUUUCCAUCAUUCUUUGCUGGUCAACUUGCUGAUCGCUUUGGACGCCUUGCUAUUGUUGCUGCAGGGGCGUUGGUGUUUACCAUCGGUGCUGUAUUGGAGGGAGCUGCCAACAAGUUGGGCGUGUUUCUCGCUGGCAGAGCGCUUUGUGGAAUUGGUGAGGGGUUGUGGUUGAGCAAUGUUAGCGUGUAUAUCACUGAGAUUGCUCCGUCGGUAAGACGAGGUAUGUUGGUGUCCUUGCCACAGUUUAUGGCUUGUGCGGGUAUCUGCGCUGGAUACUUUACUUGUUAUGGCAGCGUCAGAGUAGAGUCUAGCUUUUCAUGGCGAGCACCCUAUAUCAUCCAAGCUGUUCUCGGACUCUUGCUUGCCACAAUGCCACUGGUACUACCUCAAUCACCUCGCUGGCUGCUGCUACACGGCCACCGCGAGAAAGCCAUCCAAGCACUCAAAAGCCUCGAUUUUAGCGCCGUCGAGGCUGAGAAAGAUCUCCUUGGUCCAGCUGCCGAACAACAGAUGAACACACGACAGCCAGGUCCCGUAGAAGGCCUAACAAUGCUCUUCCGCAAACCCUACCGUAAACCAGCCUUACUGGCCCUCUACGUGCUAGGAGUGAUUCAACUCAGCGGUAUCGAUGGCGUUUUAUACUACGCACCCACCCUCUUCGCCCAAGCCGGCAUCUCUGCAAAAACCUCUUCCUUUCUCGCCUCAGGUCUCUCCGCCAUCCUAAUCCUCUGCAUCAGCAUCCCCGCUUUACUUCUCGCAGACAAAGUUUCCCGUCGCAGCAGCAUAAUCGUCGGUGGUUGCCUCCUCACUUUCUGCAUGUUCACCAUCGGCACCUUGUACGCAUCCAACUCCGUAACACCACAGAACCCCGCUCGCUGGCUGGUCAUCAUCCUCGUUUUCGUUUUCGGGCUCGCAUACUCAGCUACCUGGGGUAUAGUCGGCAAAAUCUACGCGUCGGAAAUCCAACCUGCAGCCACGAGAUCUGCGGCAUCAGCUGUAGCGCAGGGAUUGGGUUUCUUUACAAAUUGGAUCGUUGCGAUUGUCACGCCUGUGCUGUUAGCAAAGUCGAGCUACGGAGCAUACUUUCUGUUCGGAGGCAUUUGUGCAAUCAGUGUGUUGGUGUUGAUGCUUAGCAUGCCUGAAACACGAGGAUUGAGUUUGGAGGAUAUUCAACAGGCCUUCCUGGUUCCUGGGACUGCGCAGAGGGGAAGGGUGGUCAGUUUGCUCAGGAGGUGGGUCGGUGUUGGGUCGAACGAGAGUCUGGCUUCUGGAGACAAUUCGCAGGCAAGUGCAUCGGCUGUGGAACUCAGGGAUGUGGGUGAUUUGCUGGGUCGAGGUACUUGA